CGCCCAGGACUUGAGUUGUGAUGCAUUGAAACUCCCACGAAUUGUCGUAAAACGCGAAACUUUUUGAGUUAAUGACGUUCUCAUGGUGCGUUUCCUGGUUCGCCGGUUGUUGUGUGACGCCUAAACCGUAAACCGAUCACCCUGGGUCGGCCACACGGAGCAGCUGAGCACCGCUAAGCUCUCGUUAACUCCCGGAAAUGUCCCUCCCGGACAAAAGCGUCUUGCUGCUGCUUUUUCUUGUGCUGGUCCACACGGUCCAAGGUCCCGAGGCGAGGGGGGACGAGUGCGCCGAUGUGACCAACACCACGUGGCGGCAGUACCGCCAGGAGAGGCAGCAGCGGGCGCAGCCGCGGGUUCUCUACCUGCUGAUGACCCGAGAGCGCCCGGGCUGCGCGCAGGCCUUCCACAAGGCGCCGGGGAGCGCCUUCAAUGUCACGCGGCCCACCAAGGUCAUCAUACACGGAUACAGGGCCCUGGGCAGUAAGCCUCGGUGGGUUUUGGAUCUGGCCGAGGCGCUGCUGGCGGUGGAGGACGCGAACGUGCUGAUGGUGGACUGGGUCUCCUGCGCCUCGUUCGCGUACAAUCUGGCGGUGGACAACUACAAGGAGGUGGCGCUGUACAUCUCGGUCCUCAUCAACCGGCUGCAGAAAGACGGGUGCAAGCUAGAGUUGUUCCACUUCAUUGGCAUCAGUUUGGGGGCACACGUGGCCGGAUUUGUGGGAACGCUCUUUGAGGGAAAAAUCGGAAGAAUCACGGGUUUGGACCCGGCUGGUCCCAUGUUUAAGAACGCAGACACCUUCGACCGUCUGGAUCCAUCUGACGCACAAUUUGUGGACGCCAUCCACACCGACUCCGACUACUUCGGCAUCUCCAUCCCGGUCGGCCACGUGGACUUCUUCUUGAACGGUGGAAACGACCAGACGGGAUGCGCACGAUCCCGAUUUGCUUCUGUUUUGGGCUUGUUUCCAGUGUACGGCUAUGUGAUUUGCGACCACAUGAGGGCCCUGCACGUGUACAUGAGCGCUCUGAACUCGUCGUGCACUCUGAGCGGCAUCCCGUGUGACAGCUACCAAAACUUCCUGCAAGGACGAUGCCUCCACUGCGACGCCUUCAGUGGAAGGUGUCCCACCAUCGGUUUGUCAGAAAAUUGCGGUAUCACUUCAACUCCCCUCCCCAAGGAGCAAAAGUUGUUCCUCCUCACUACGUCUCUGCCACCUUUCUGUGGUGAGAAUACAUCAACUUCAUGCUCUCAACGUACACUGCAAAUGUUCACUCGAGCUCAUCACAUACUGCUUGUGUUGGAGACUUCUGCUCUCACUAAAAUCGCUGAAGUGGAAGUGACACUGACCACCGGUGACCUGGAGACACGACGACGACUCUGGCUGUGGGUACAACCACUUUUUCCGACAUCCUUCCAUUGGGUUAUGAAUGUGUGUGUGUGUGUGUGUGUGUGUGUGUGUGUGUGUGUGUGUUUCAGUCAAACAGAAACAACAGUGUACAGGACGGUGUUGGCUCACCCGGUGGUGCUAUGUGAGAUCCAAUCCAUCACCCUGAAAAACACGGGCGCCCGCUUCUACCGUCAAAACGACAUCCAUCUCAAGUCCGUCUGUCUGUCCCAGAUCGCCUCACCCACGCACGAGGAGCCACUGUGCGUGAACAACAUCAACAUUCGACGAGGAUCUCCGUGGUCACAUGACUUUGUGCAGGUGUGCAGCCUCUUCUGAAGCCCCCCCCAGAGACCAAACGUAGAAAAUGCGAGGGCAGCAAAAAAGCGGAACGCCGCGGAAAAGUGGAGUAGGCCAACAUUAGCGUGUUUUUUUUUUUUUUUUAAUAAUGCGUUUCUAGCCAUGCAUCCGCAAAUUACUGAAUGCAUCAAUUUCAUCCAAGAGGAGACUGGGGGUAGUAACAAAACAGGGCACUGCAGCCAAGUGGAGACUGUUGAGUAGGAUAAGUUACCAUGUGUGUUUAUUGUUCUCAAUUCACAUCCAUUUACAUACUGUAAAAAAAAAAUAUAUAUAUAUAUAUAUAUAUAUAUAUAUAUAUAUAUAUAGCAGCUAUGUGUAGCCUGUACAUGAAGCAUUCCAGGAAGUAGACAGUCACAAAACAACAUUUUCACUGCACAGAAGCUUUAUGGAGAACAGUUGGCCCCUUGUGGUAAUAAAUCAACCAUAAUUGGAUAAUUUCACAUUAUAUUGGUGUAUAUUCAAUAUUAAUAGUUAAAAACAUGCUAAUGGCUAAUUGCAUCAACACAUUUUUAACUUAUUUACAGAGGAAGCACUUCAUUUCUCUAAUUUCUGAACAGAACCAAAAAAAAUGUGGUCCGAAUAGUGAAAGUCUUAAAAUAAGUCAAAAGACAAAAUGGCGUUGUCAGAGUUUGGGAGUGUCGGUGGGAGCUAGCGGCGCUCGACUCCUCUGGAAGCGAGCUGCUCCUCCAGCCAUGGCGCCCCCUGUCGAGACAAAUAGGAAUCACAUACGACUGUACACAACAACGGGAAAUCUGUCAGUCCACAAAACAGAGACCUUAAUGGCGUCCAUUUUGCUUACGCAUUAAAAACCCAAUCAGGAAUUCAAAAAAUCUGAAUACUGUGAAGAAAUCUGCCCAAAUUUUGCAGGCCAUAAAUGUUUUAAACUAAGUGUCACACACUAAUCACCUCCUAAACUCAAAGCAUCAGAGCAGGUUUCCCCAGGUGUCAUUAAAUUGCUUCAGUUUGGUUCAAUUGUCUCAGUUGAGUUCAAUAUAGGGAAGACUGCAGACUUGACAACUGGCCAAAGACCAUCAUUGAUACCCUCCAUAGGAUGGGUAAACCACAAAAGUUCAUAGCUAAGGAGGCUGGCUGUUCACAGAGUGCUGUGUCCAAACAUAUCAAUGGAAAGUCUAGUGGAAGGACAAAAUGUGGCAGGACAAGAUGCACCAGCAAAAGAGAUGACCGUGGGCUUCAGCAGAUUAUCAGAGUGGAAUGAGGCGGGAACCACAUCUUAAAAAAAAAAACACAUUCAGACGCAACCACAACUACUACGCUACAACUGUCGGGUUCCUCGGGUCAAGCCACUUCUGAGCCUGAGCCAACGUAGGAAGCAUCUCAACUGGGCCAAGGAGAAGAAGGACUGGACUGUUGGCUAGUGGUCCAUGGUCCUCUUUUCCGAUGAAAGUAAUGUGUGCCUUUCAUUCGGGACUCAAGGUCCAAGGGUUUGGAGGGUCAUGAUUUAGGGUGCAAUGUCUAGUUUAGGUGUUGGUAAACUCUGCUUUCUUAAACCCAAGGUCACGUAACAGUCUACCAGAAUGUUUUAGAGGACUUCAUGAUUCCUUCUGCUGAUGAUCUAUAUGGAGACUCCCAGGCAAUGCCACAGGCUGAUUACCUCAAUGCCAUGCCACAUCCAGGCAGUGAGUAAAGCAAAGGGAUUCCCAACCAAGUAUUUAAGAGUAACAUAUCACUUUGAAAGUACCACAUUUUGAUUAAUUUAAUGUGACCCUAAUGUCUUUUUUUUCCUACAAAAACUGUAAAAUUGUGAUUUAUUUUUUUUCCCCCCCCCACAGUAUUCAAAUGUUUUGAAAUCCUGAUUUCGUGGAUCUUAUGACUUGGAAGCCCAAAUAAUGUAAAAAUAAACAAAUAAAUACUUUAAAGUG